UGGCGCUCUGCGACUGCCGCUGCAGCUCCUCUUUCCACUCCGCCCGCGCAUUCCGUCGAACGCCUCGUCCUCCAGCCUCAAUCUCCAUCCUCAUCUUCCAUCCCAAUCCCCACCCCGUAAACCCUAGCCCUUCUCCCCUCCACCAUUCCUCGCGGGAGAUGCGGAAGAGGUAGCCUCCGCCGAUGGCCUGUUGCUUCCUCCGCGCCGCCGCGGCGCCCCGCCUCCUCCUCUACCGCACCGCCGCCUCCCGGCAGCUCCCGUCGCCACUAACCGUUCUCAGGAAGGGCUUUUCAGGGAAGUCAGUUCUGCCAAUCACAGACUCGAUUGAGAGUUUUCAAGGACCAUCAGUGCAGAAUACUCCACGGAUUCCACUGUAUGAUGACAGCAUACCCUCAGGCAUAUUGGACACAUUGUCGAAUCCGACCGAUGGUGUCACUCGUGCUGAUUCCUCAAAGGGCAGAAUAAUGCUUGUUGAUGGAACAUCAGUGAUGUACAGAUCCUACUACAAGAUAUUGGCACAACUGCAGCAUGGCCAGUUGGAGCACGCUGAUGGAAAUGGAGAUUGGGUUUUGACUAUAUUCAAAGCUCUAUCCCUGCUUCUUGACAUGCUGGAGUUCAUUCCAUCUCAUGCUGCGGUCGUGUUUGACCAUGAUGGAGUUCCAUAUGGUCAUAAUACUGCCAUGCCAUCCAAAGAAUGUCACAUGGCAAAAGGAAUGACCUUUCGUCAUAUGCUGUACCCUGCUUACAAGAGCAAUCGCACCCCAACGCCAGACACCGUUGUCCAGGGUAUGCAAUACUUGAAGGCAUCCAUUAAGGCAAUGUCAAUCAAAGUAAUUGAGGUCCCAGGUGUUGAAGCUGAUGAUGUUAUUGGCACCCUGGCUGUAAACAGUGUGUCGGCUGGUUACAAGGUGCGGAUUGUCUCUCCUGAUAAAGACUUCUUCCAAAUUUUGUCACCUUCUUUGCGUUUGCUCAGGAUUGUUCCACGCGGUUCAGGAAUGGUUUCAUUUGGGGUUGAAGACUUUGUCAAGAGAUAUGGAGCCCUGAAACCCUCGCAGUUUGUUGAUGUUGUUGCGCUUUCAGGAGACAAGGCUGACAAUAUACCUGGAGUUGACGGAAUUGGAGAUGUUAAUGCAGUAAAGCUGAUAACUAAGUUUGGUUCCUUGGAGAAUCUACUGAAAUCUGUGGAUGAAGUUGAGGAUGAGCGAAUUAAACAGGCGUUAAGAACACGACUAUGACACAUGGCGAGGAGAGAGUGAAGCUUCACCCCUCAGCACUGAGCAGCAGUACUUUUCUUUGAUGUUGGAGGAAUUUCAUUUUCAUGGGGAAGCAAAAGGCAGAGAUCUCAGCAAAUCCGUCCCACCUUCAGAAUAGGGAAAAUUGUACCAUCAAUCGCCAUCGGCUUUACACGCCACUUGGGGAACUAGAGCAACAAAGUUCGGUAACUAAACUAACCCCACCAAUGAAUGAGUCAGCUACGUAUGUGUAGUGGAAAGUCUAACGUAUGCAGAAUUUUUGUCUCUCCGGAAACGAUAAAGUAAUGUAACAGUUGUACACGCUCGCUCGAGGAACCAAGAAGUAUACUGAAAGUGAAUCCACUCUCCAAAGGGAACUAAAUUGAGAAGGCUACUGGACUAGUAGAGAAUUCAGAGAAUAAUCCUUUACUCCUAAGGGGGAAAAGGCAACUGAUAUGAUUCGGUUUAGCCUGUAAUGCAUGCCGAUGUUCACCCCUUUAGGAGACAACGCUUGUAGCAUAAACAAUCAAUUGAGCUAACCAAGCAGUAGAAGCAUGGCAAAAUUGGUUACUCGACAACAAAAUUGCAGAGUGAGGACGAACUCUGAACAAUGAAGAGUACGCUAAGCAGGGGGGAAGUAAUG